UUGUGCGCGCGGCGCAGCCUGCCGGCCAGCCCCGCACCUCGCAGCCGGGCGAGCGCGCAGCCAGGCCGGAGUCUCCAGCGCCCGCGGCCCGGGCCGCUCCCUUAUGGCCAUGGGGGCGUCCGCGCGGCUCCUGCGCGCGGUGAUCAUGGGGGCGCCGGGCUCGGGCAAGGGCACCGUGUCGUCGCGCAUCACCAAACACUUCGCGCUGAAGCACCUCUCCAGCGGGGACCUGCUCCGAGACAACAUGCUUCGGGGCACAGAAAUUGGUGUGUUAGCCAAGACUUUCAUUGACCAAGGGAAGCUCAUCCCAGAUGAUGUCAUGACUCGGCUGGCCCUUCAUGAGCUGAAAAACCUCACCCAGCAUAGCUGGCUAUUGGAUGGUUUUCCAAGGACACUUCCACAGGCAGAAGCCCUGGAUAGAGCUUAUCAGAUAGACACAGUGAUUAAUCUGAACGUGCCCUUUGAGGUCAUUAAGCAGCGUCUCACUGCUCGCUGGAUUCAUCCCGCCAGCGGCCGAGUCUAUAACAUAGAAUUCAACCCUCCCAAAGCUGUGGGCAUUGACGACCUGACUGGGGAGCCUCUCAUUCAGCGUGAUGAUGAUAAGCCAGAGACAGUGGUCAAGAGACUGAAGGCUUAUGAAGUCCAAACACAGCCGGUCCUGGAAUAUUACCAGAGAAAGGGGGUGUUGGAAACCUUCUCCGGAACAGAAACUGACAAGAUCUGGCCCCAUGUCUAUGCUUUCCUACAAACAAAAGUUCCACAGAUAAGCAGGAAAGCAUCAGUUACUCCAUGAGGAAAAGUGCAUCUCACCAGUAAGAGGAGCAGAGACUCCUCGCCUGUGCAUUUAGAAGCUCCUUGUUCUGAGACUGGCACGUAUGAAUUCUGACAGUUACAUUGGUUUCACUUCUGCUGAUUUUAUUCUGGAAACUGAGGCUGUGUCAAAUGAGCCCAAUACUAAGAUUCAUCUUUUCGUCUAGUGUGUUUUACCCAGGUAUCUUCUAGGGGUGUGCCAUUAAAAAAACAUCAUAUGUCUUAACUUUUGAAAAAUCUUCUAAAGCAUAAUUAAAAGAGCAAUUGGUUGUAAUGUAACUUUUGUUCAAAAAACUGGUUGAUAAAAAUUUUAUUUUUCUGGAAAAGCUAAAAAAUAUUCCCUGUCUCUUGGUAAAGUAUCUCAUUAGAGAAAUGUGUGUAGACUGAUGCCAAAAAACUGGCAUCGUUAGCACUGUGGUACAUGGUUUUGUGAGACACUGUGUCUAUCAAGUUCUAGAAAACAAGCACCUAGAUAUGCAGAUUAGUUUCAGGAUGAAAUUCACUGCUGCCUUUACACUAAGAAACUAAUAAGCUUUGUCAUAUAUACUGUAUUUAUUGUGGUGUUAAACCUUCAGUUUACUCAGAAUUUUCAGUCUUACUAAAUCAGCAUAUAGGAAAAAACUCAGGUUAAGAACCGCGUGCUUUAGGAUCCACUUGCCAGUUUCUGUUUUUGAUCUGUGUAUGGUCUCCUGUGACGAGUAACAAAGUACAAAAAGAAAAGAAAAGAAAAGAAAAGAAAAGAAAAGAAAAGAAAAGAAAAGAAAAGAAAAGAAAAGAAAAGAAAACCCAUGUCCCUAAGUAAAGUAAGCAUACUUGGUCCUCAGGACAUAGAAACAGAUCAGGUAUGCCUGGGGAGAAUUCCCUUGACACACGUAAACAAUCCUAAUUAGUAAACAGUCAAAAUUAGCAAACUAAUCAAAUUAGUAGUUAAAAGGAUUUACAUGGAAGGUUAAAAAGGACCAGUAAAGUAAUUGAGUUUGCUGAAGGAGUUCUUUAUUCCUAAUCAAAGCACUGGACACCUGCUCUCCUUCCCUGCCACCCCCACCAUCCGGCAGGGGGAGACGUCUGCCUGUGUGUGUACGCUGAGUAGCCAUUUAAACGUGAAGAUGAUGUGCUUUCUUAGUGGGGCAACAAGGAUACACGCUUCUGGCCUGUGGCCUGGUAGGAAGAGUGGGGCGAGGAGAGGCGGAGAAGAAACCCGACUACAUCUUCACUGGCAUAUUUACUCUUCCUUUACUUGGUGCUAAAUCCAAUGCAACAAGUCCUCGUAUAAGCUGUUGAUAACUGCCUUUGAACGUCUGGCCCAUGUUAUCCUGGGCACUUAAAAUACAAAUGCCAGCAAGUGGUUCUUUAUGUAUUUUGUGGGGGAAAGCUUUUCUUUUGUUUUUUAAAAAUUUAAUGUUUAAUGUGUUUUAAAAAUUUAAUGUUGAUCUUUCAGAAUGGACCAAGGAUUAUAGGACACAUUUAAUUCUUUACAACUUUCUGUAACGCCUUAUUUGAAUGUUAAUAUGAUGUGCUUUCUAAAACUGUUGUGAACUACUAAGCUUAUGAAUUAUCACUGGGUUACCAGGCGUACAAUAAAAUUAAAUUUGAGAA